AUGGCUGUGCCACUUGUUGGCUGCGCAAGCCACCGUCUAAAUCUCGCGAUGCGUGAGUAUCUAGCUCCCCAUAAAAACACUCUGGCAGAAGUCCAAGCGCUUAUGCGUAAGCUGCGUACACUCAAGCAAGCAGCCAAGCUCCGCAAAAAAACUGCUCUCCAGCCAGUCCUUCGCCAAGACACGCGAUGGUCGUCGACGUUCACGAUGCUCGCCCGUUAUUUCCGCCUGUACGAGCACCACUCCCCGGAUGACGAGGACCUCGAAGACCUCAUCCCUUCGCGAACCACGCACCGUAGCCUUUGCAAGCUCUUCGACGAGCUGCACGAUGUAAAGUCAAUCUCCAAGAAGUUGCAAAACGACGGCCUAACGCUACUCGAUGACCGAGACCUUCAUGGCGGUUUGUUAGAAGUGCACCCUUCAUUUGGAAACUAUCAAGCACCCAACGCUCCCAUCGUUCACUCGCCGAAGUUCGAGUCUGCAGUGGUUAAGAUGCUGGGCGGAAGGCGACGCGACUGA